AUCUGCUGUAUAACAAAAGCAUAAACAUACAUUAUUUAUCUUUUAGCUUAUUUCUUUUAUAAAUACUAAUUUCCUUAGGACACUCAUAAAAUUUAUAAACUAUACUAACAUAAAUAUUAUGGGCACUAAGUUCCCAUAGGUAUAUUAUUAUAUGGAAGAACAAAUAUAAAUAUGGAAGAUCAAGUUGAAGAUAUUGAAUUAAGGCCAGCUACUGUACGCAGGAACCUGACAAUCAAAAAUAAUGUGGCUCGUCAAGUUGCCAUCAACUUCAUGCCUUCACGCCAAGCACCAUAUAAUACAUUACGCUUAAGAAGAGUGAACAGUGAGAACAAUGCACUAUUAGAUGCAGUGGCAUCUGAUGAUACCCCAGAUGCUGCUAAUAAACAAGCAGAUAUCAUUGUGCGCGAGAUGGAACUACACACACACUUAAUGCAAGAUGAUCCAGUGUCGGAGGAACUUAGAAGGGAGGCCUUACGGGAUCUUCCUCAGGGACUGACAAUGAAACGAAACGUGAGAGCAAAACUUUCGGCCUCUGUUAGUUUACGUUCAAAGAGACGACCGAUUUCAGUAUUCAAGAGAUUCAAGUACCGUCUCAGUUUUACAUGGAAACGGACUCGUGAACAUUUUCGUGACGUAAUCUUCUCAAUACAACUGUGGUAUGAGCCGAUACGCACCAUCGAAGGACAUUUGGGUACAGCGGUUGGGUCGUACUUUCAUCUUCUGCGCUGGCUUUUCAGUCUGAAUCUCCUCUUGAGUGGAUUGGUGGUUUGCUUUCUAGUAGUGCCUCAAGUGCUCCAUAACCAUAAAAACUCUACGACUACAGACCUUGACUGGUUGGAUUUCAUCAGCGGUAAGGGUGGUCUAGAAGAUUCUCUUUUGUUCUACGGCCAUUACCACGAUGGUGUUAUCAACGGCUCUCUUCCCCUCUCUUACAACAUGCCCUUCGCGUAUUUCUUCACGAUGUUCUGUAUCUACGUGGGGUUCUUUCUGGUGUUCUGUUACAGGACGGCGUAUUCGUACCGACGCAACUUCAUAGAGACUUCGGGCGGAUUGUCCAACGUGUUCGCGAACAAAGUGUUCUGCGGCUGGGACUUCGGCAUCGUGUCUCCGCACGCCGCUUCGCUUAACGCCGCCAGUCUCUUCAACGAAUUUAAGGAACUCCUAAGUGAAAAAUACAAGGUCAAAGUCAAAAGAUCGCUGUGUAUGAAAAUAUUCGAGUAUAUAGUGAAUACAAUAGUGUGGGUGACAGUUCUGGGGAGCAUGGUGGCUCUCCAUUACGGUGUGUGGUCCCUCCGGGCGAUGAAUACGAGGACCGCGAAUUGGGAUCUUCUGGUCUCCUUGAUAUUAACCGCUGUGCUGGCGGUGUGUCCGCUGUUGUUCAAUUUCCUCGUCAGAUUGGAGUUCUACAAACCCCGAACAUCAUUCUAUGUGACUCUGGCCAGGACCUGGUUAUUGGACAUCACGACGCUGAGCUUGAUCUUCUACUAUUGGGCCAAGUCGAGCACGAAGUGCUGGGAGACGGUAUUGGGCCAAGAGGCGUAUCGCCUAGUUCUGCUGGAUUCGGUGGUCUCCUUGCUGCUUCUGCCCGCGGUCGAGUUCCUUAGAAUUUUGAUAUUUAAGUUUAACCCUAAGGGCUCAGGGCCAGAGUUCAAUAUCGCGUACAAUUCGCUGACGCUGAUCUACAACCAGGCCUUGCUGUGGCUGGGCUUGCUGUUCUCGCCCUUGUUGGCCGUGGCUGUGACCAUCAAGUUCUUCCUCUUGUUCUACAUCAAGAGAGUCAGCGUUUUAAGGGCGUGUCGACCGGCUAGGAAGGUGUGGCGCGCUGCGCAGACGCAAACGGUACUUUAUAUGUUUGUAACUCUGUCUCUCUUCACCACUCUUUUUGGAAUCGGUGUCCUUUUCUUAGGGAGCACGUCGGACGCGUGCGGCCCGUUCCGCCAAUACGAGCCCGUGAUCGCUGUUAUCGGCGAAGGAGUGUUGGGGCUGUCCACUCACCAGACGCUCAACUCCAUCAUCACGUUCAUCAUCAGGCCCGGGGUUAUCGGAUUCCUCUUUGUUGCGCUUUGCGUGUCCGUAUACUUCAUGCGUGCGAAGUCGAUUGCCCAGCGCUCCAUGGUCGACCUCUUGCGGCAAAUGCUGGUGCUUCAAGCCAAGGACAAGGAUUUUCUCCUGACCGCCAUCGCCAAAGUCUCUAAUGGGGAAUGGCUCUACAGCCCGAAGCCCGAGGAGAACGCCGACAGUCACACCUGGCGUUAUCUCCACGAGGUGCGGAAGCCCUCGAAUGCGGGCUAUCACUUCGACGGAUCCCGGCUGAGCCACGCCUUCGACAGGGCCGAUAAACCCGUCAGGCCCAGGUCGGAGAGACCCCAAUCGGUCAGGACCGACGGAGACACCGACAGCUCCUUCAGUUGGCAAGGGUCGAGCAAUUACCUGAACGAUCUAGAAAAUAGGAGAAUGAUUUGACAGGUUUUCACAUAUUUUGGAAGAUGGUGCUAGUUCUGAUGGGUAGAUAUCUUCGAACGUAUUACAUGUAAUAUCAGAUUUACUUGCGCUUUCCCCGAGAUCGAGAAUCUUCUAGAGAUAAAUAAACGGCGUUUCGGCUCGAAGGACCAAAAUGUACAGUUCCUGAGUCAGUGUGAAUGUUUUAAAUUAUUGAGACUAUUAUUUUAGUUAAUUAUAUAAUUUAAUCAUAAUUAAAAUGCUAUGUAAUGUAAAUGCAGAAUGCGUCUGGCUAUACAUAUGUAUAAGGCUUUUUUUUAAUAUAUAUAGUCAUGGAUUUUGUACUGCCAUAAAUUAUAGGGUCCCUGUACAAGAAAGAAACAAUUUUACGUUUCUACGUGCUUUUUUAUAUUUUUUUACUUCCCUAGUGUUUAUUAAAAUAUUGCUUGCAACAAAGUCGUUAAACACUAUUACUACUGUUUUAAUUUUUCUCAUUUUUCACUUACUAUAACUGUAACAUUUUUUACAAUGUUUGCAAAACAUUUUAGAUUUUUCAAGACAUUUAGAUUGUGAUUCUACCAAAUAAUCUUAAAAGUAAAUGCGGUUGAAAUCAAAAAGAGCUAUAAAUAAUAUAUCUCUAUUUCACCAAGGUCAUAAGGUUUUAGACAUUCGUCAAAAUGUGCCGUCGUAAUGACAGUCAAAUAAUCGUAAAACGCCUUUUCUCUUUAUUCUUGUUAGAUAAACUACUGUACUGUACACAUUACAUAACAAAAAGUAUCCUAGAAAUAUUUAAUAUCAUUCUUAUAUCUUUCCAAAAUAAAAUAGAUGUAGCUUUUACGACUUUGUUCCCAGUAAACGAUAUCUAAAUAAUCCAUUCUGAAGACUUUUAAUUACAAAACUACAUUUAAGCAACGGAUAGCAAUAGAAAAGUUGUGAUAUCGAGGUGCCAAAUACUUGAAAGAUUAUAUGUACUAAAAUUUAUAUAUAUUAAGUAUAAAUAACGAAGAAUUAUUUUAUACGUACUAUCUUCUGGUCUUCCAAAAUUAUUUGCAUAAAAAUCUGUUGUAAUUGUAGUUAUCAGUAUUAUUUAUAAAUUUGUGGUGCCUAUUUACCCUGGCCACAUAUUUAAUUUAUUUAAGGCGAAUUAUUUGUAAUCGUCAUAAUGUACUCGGUAAGUCGGGCAAUGUAAUGAAAGUUUUAUUUAUGUAUAAAUUUUUGUCCGUAUGUAACUCAUUAUGUGCUAUAGCUAAAACAUGUAUGAACUGUGAAAAAUUAUGGGAUCACACAAUAAUAUAAGGUUACGUAUUCAUAAAAACUAAAUUACAAUCAAAGUACAGAAUUUUAAUAUUACAUUUUCAAUAGUUUUUAUAAAUGUUCUGUUUGAUUUAUAAUUUGGACCAUUUGUCUAAAUAAAUUAACAAUGUAGUGAAUAUAAAACUGUGUACAUACUCGGUAAAUUCAAAUAGCGAUAGCUAUUGCGAUCACCACUUCAAUAUCGAGUGUAUCUAACACACAGUGAACAUCGGAAAUGUUGUUGGAUAUUGACGCUUGUCUGUGAUUGGACCAGAUACUGACCAAUCACAAUCACGCGAGACGAUUAGCAUGCUCUGUGGAAAAAAACCGUGGACUGAGAGUAUGUCCAUUCAAGUCAAUUAAGCAUAAUAAUUAUAAAAGGUAUUAUUUAGUCAUGACAAUAUUUUUGUACAAUAAAUUUAUUAU